AUACCACUGUUUUUUAGAAAAAGCCCAACAAAUUUACUCGAUAGUGAAAUAUUUAGAAAAAACAACGUAACAAAAUGAGCGAAAAAGAGGAAAAUAAAGCAAAUGAUAAAGAAACUACAGAAGCAACAACUUCGUCGUCAUCAUCAUCACCUAAAACGAUAACAACAACACCACCACCUGCAGCAGAAACAACACCAACAAAACCAACAGAUGUGGCCAAAGAUAUGCAGCCCAGAGAAAUUUCCACCAAGGAGGCCUACUUUGCCAGUCUAAAUGAAUGGGUAAAACAUGCCAAUAUCUCACAAAAUGCCAUGGCCAUGUUUCCUUGGUAUUUUAUGACUUCCUACCCCCAAUUGUUCUCACAGCCAGCACCGGGUAGUUUCAUGCCCGUCAUGGGUUUACAAAUGCCCGCGGCUGCAACACAAAACAAUCCAGCACCCUUGAAUGCCAACAAUUUGAAUGGACCUCUUAAUGGUGGCAUUGCUGGUCCUCAUGGUUUUGUCCGUUUUCGCUUAAGACCCAUACAAGAUCAGCUGCAGGAGGAAAUUAUUCAUCACAAUGGCGGCUAUGAGUAUGUGGUGGCAGCAUUUUGGAAAAGAGCUGUGGCCGAGGUAAUUGAUAUGAUUAUAAUGCUAUUUUUGAAAAUCGUGGUCAUCUUUGUGGUGACCAAUGUUUUCGGCUACAAUCUAAUGAUGGACAUGGAUAAAGAUGUUUUGAACAAGGCCAUGGAUAAUGAAGAUUUUGCUGGUGCCCUGCUCUACUCUAUGGACUUUUUAGCUUUCUCAUCCGAUCUGUUAGCCUUUGAAGUGGCCACGAAAUUAUUUGUAUGUCUGUAUGAGGCCGUCAUGACGACAUUUUUCAAUGGCGCCUCGGUGGGCAAACAUAUUAUGGGCUUGAGUAUUAAGUAUGUUGAGGCCAUGGUUACAUUACCCAACAAUGGCGUACCAGCAGCUCAGCCAUUACCUGCAAUGCGUUUGGGCUUCCAGGCGGCGGCUAGGGUACAAGUACGUGCUCUGCUCUUGCCCGCUGAAACGCCAAAUUUUAAAAGAUCCUUUGUACGGGCCGUAUCUAAAAAUAUGAUUUUAAGUCUAUUGUUUCCCAUGUUUUUCCUAAUGAUUUUCUUCCAACAUAAUCGUACGGCUUACGAUAUAAUGACCAAAACUAUUGUAGUGGAAACAUCUAGUCAACCGUUGGUCUUAAGAAGACCUCCCCAACCGCUACGACAACGACGUCAGCAGUAACAGUAACAUAUUGCAAUUGGUUUUAAGUUAAGAUUGUUAAUUGUUAUGGUCAAAAGAAAUAUUAAAAUUAAACCUUUAAUCUUUUAUUUUAAAUAUUUUUAGUUCCCUUGCCAUAAUCAUGUUUUCUUUUUGUUUAUCUUUUAACAAAGAAAUAAUUUUUCAUUUGCAAGAACUAAAGAAUGGGGUUUUUGAACAUUAUUUAUCUUAAAGUGUAUGUAUAAUAAUUUAGUGAAGAAAACGUAAUAAAUGUAAAAAUAUUAAAAAAAUAAA